GUUUUCAGCUGGGGCAACACGCGUGACGCUGAGCUUGGUUACGUGGCCAAUCAACCCGUUGAGAGUCCACAAAUCAACACCCUUCUUAGCCGCCUCAAUCCCACGCACAUUGCUCUGGGCCAGCGCGGUACUUUUGUCAUUGACGGCGAGGGGCGGCUCUGGUCCUGCGGAUCGCAUACGCGCCCACAAAACGAUGUCAAAUCCUUUUUGGGCCAUGCCGAGUCCAGUCUGGCUCUCGUGGAGGGGCUUGAGAGCGAGCGCUUCAUCCAAGUGAGUGCCACCAGCCAUGUGCUGGCUGUCACCCUACAAGGCGAAGUCUAUUCCUGGGGCUCCAACUCGUACAAGCAACUCGGCCGCGACGGCGUCAACAACCGCCCCAUGAAAAUCACUGCCCUCGAGGGCGAGGAGGUUGUGCAGGUCUGCGCCGGUGGGCAUCACAGCGCCGCCGUAUCCAAAGCCGGCAACCUCUACACCUGGGGCCGGGGCGGCUAUGGCCGCCUUGGUCACGGUACCUCAGAUGAUGUCAACGUCCCCACACGCGUUGCUGCCUUUCCCGAGGGCAUCCGUGUGGUGCACGUGGCAUGUGGCCUGGGAGAUGCCCAUUCCAUGUGCGUGACUGAGGACGGGCACAUCUACAGUUUUGGCGAUGGGGAUUUUGGCAAAUUGGGUCAUGGUACCAAUGAUCGUCGUCGUCAGCCCGAGCGCAUUGACUUUGACAUCGUCAAGGUGGUGUGUGGUUCAAGCACCAGCGCCGCCAUUUCUUUAUCCGGUGCUCUCUACGUGUGGGGUGGUGGACGGCGCUAUCGCCUUGGGACCGGUACUGAGGCAGUCAUUUGGCAACCUCGGACGGCACACGCGUUGAACACGCACAAGGUGGUUGAUUGUGCUUUGUCUUCGGAGCAUGGCGUCGCCGUCACAGAUCGCGGCGAAGUUUUCGUGUGGGGCGCCAAUGACCACGGUCAAUUGGGAGCGGAUGCCGGUUCUGAGAAGACGAUUAUCGCGCCUCGCGUCAUCAAAUUGCCCGGCGAGUUUCCCGCCGUGAAUCGUGUCCACUGUUUUCCAUACGGCACACUGUCCUGGUCGCCUUCCCGCCUGAGCGACGCGCAUGAGACGAUCAAAGCCGCACCAGCGGUGUACCAGCAUUUGCAGGGUGUUGAUGUCGAUGCCCUGCGGCGCCGCGCAUACAUUCUGGAGUACGCGUCCAGUCUGCUGCUCCCACUUCUCCCUUUCUUCGAGUUGAAUGUACAAGCCUUGGGGGGUCGCGAGCCCAGUUUGGCCCUUGGCGGUAGUGCCGAGGGCCUCCGGACGCUCCAGUCUUACAUCGCCUUUGGCCAUAAGGAACGACUGCUCAAGUCCAUCCUGCAGCGCACGACAGAGACCACGGCUCGCGUUACCAUAACAUUGAACCGCGUGCAAAUUCAGCGGACGCCCGAGGGGCUGGCAGGGCCUGAUGGCAGCCAGUCCGUGUUUGCGCAAGCGGCUCGAGAGCUCCGUUCGGUGGACCAGAGCGUGUUUCUUGCUUCCUCGCGCUGCUGGAAAGUCAAGUUUCGCGGGGAAGGUUUGGAUGAUGCCGGCGGUGGAUUUAGCGAGUCGAUCUCUGAAAUGUGCGAGGAGCUACGUAAUCACUCUGUGCCGCUGCUUAUUCCAACGCCCAAUGGCCGCGACGAGGCUGGCGACAAUCGCGACGCCUUUCUGCUUAACCCAACUUCAGACAGCGCCUACCACCUCCAGCUUUUUGAAUUCCUGGGCACGCUCAUUGGCAUCGCAAUUCGCACCUCAAGCCCAAUCACCUUGCAGUUGGCACCGUGUGUUUGGCGUCUCAUCGCCGGCUUGAACCUGACAAUUGGUGACCUCAAGGAAGUGGCUGCCAAUUACGUUGCCACGCUUGAGUUUAUCACUGUCUCGCCAGCCGAUGUGUUUGAACAAUGCGACUUUCCCACGACCACCCCGAGCUCGCUUGAGGGUGUCGACUAUCAGGUGGUGCCAGGGGCGCGCUUGACCUUGGCCCGACGCGAUGAAUACGUGCGCCGCUCCUUAGAGCUCCGCCUACAUGAAUUUGAUCGUCAAGUCGCAGCCAUCCGUCGUGGCUUGGCUCGAGUCGUGCCUUUGCCCGUCAUUUCCCUUUUCUCCGCCGACCAACUGGAGUCGCUCGUCUCUGGCGGGCAGCACUUUGAUCUUGAGUUGCUGCGCUGGAUGACAAAGUACAAAAAUUGCGAAGCCUCGUCACACCAUGUGAGCUGGUUUUGGGAAACGAUGGCUGCCAUGACGCCCGAGGAGCACAGCCUCUUCCUUCGCUUUGUUUGGGGUCGCACGCGCCUGCCGCGAACCGAGGCCGAUUUCGCCGGCAAUCAGUUUAAGCUCCAGGCAAGUCUUGGUGGUGCUGAUGCAGCGCUGCCAGAGGCUCUAACUUGCUUUUUCCUGCUCAAGCUUCCUCGGUAUUCAUCGCAACAGGUCAUGUCCAGAAAGCUGCGUUACGCCAUCACUCAUUGCAAGGCCAUUGAUUCGGAUGCCUAUGCCCGCACCAAUUUGGCGGACGAAGCACCAGCUGCA